AUUGUUUGAGAUGCCGUUAAUCAGAGUCGCGCUUGACAUCCAGGCGGUGAGCAGCUCGAGGGCUCGAUGGCAAAGCGACAGCGAACACUCGACGUGUCGCUUGACGCUCACUCCGGAGGUGCCAGCGACGCCGAAAAACCCAGCAGAAACAAUAUGGGACAUGGUGGUGGCGACGAGGUGGGAAGCCUCCACGCCAGAGAACCCCCGCACGGCGAGCCCACCUCCUCCACCACCUCCUCCAAGAAGCGGCGACUCGCGCACGCCAUGGACGACCGCUUCUUCCCCAACGAGCUCCCCGACUUCGUCGCCGAGGCCACCGACGCAGACGGCGACCCUCCCGCCGCCGGCCUCCUCGGCCUGCUCUCCCUCCCCUACCCCAAGCUCUCCGACCGGCUGCUCCGCGCCGCCCUCCGGCUCAAAGACAAGGUCGUGGAGGAGACGUGGACCAAGGCGGGGGGCCAUGUUACGGACUACACGCUCUACACGGGCGCGCUCGGGACGGCGCUCCUGCUAUUCAAGUCCUUCCAGGUCAACGGCGACCGCCGCGAUCUCACCCUCGCCGGCGAGAUUGUCCAAGCGUGCGACCUCGCGUCAAAUGGCCUACCGCGCAGGUUCUUGACUUUCAUUUGUGGAAGAGCCGGCGUCUGUGCUCUCGGAGCAGUGAUCGCGAAGCAUUGCAAUGAUCAGUUGAUGGUGACCCACUAUCUGAGCUCGUUUGAUGAGAUAACUGUCACAGACAAAGUUCCAAAUGAGUUACUGUAUGGAAGGGCAGGAUAUUUGUGGGCUUGUUUAUUUCUAAAUGAGCAUCUCAGUGAGAAGACAAUUCCUGCUGAACACAUCAGUUCUGUGGCAAAGGACAUCAUUAAGGAGGGAAGGAAGCUGUCAAACAAGGACAAGGGGAGCUGCCCACUGAUGUACGAGUGGCACGGAAAGAAGUACUGGGGUGCUGCUCAUGGACUUACUGGAAUCAUGCAUGUCCUCAUGCACACUGAAUUGAAACUGGAUGAGCAGGAUGAUGUGAAGAAUACUCUGCGGUACAUGAUCAGUAAACGCUAUCCUAGUGGAAACUAUCCCUCAAGUGAAGGCAGUGGAUCUGAUCGCUUGGUGCAUUGGUGUCAUGGUGCCCCUGGUGUUGCUCUUACACUCUGUAAAGCGUAUCAGGUCUUUCAUGACGAUCACUUCAAGCAGUCAGCUGCAGAGGCUGGUGAAGUUGUCUGGAACCGUGGUCUUCUCAAGCGAGUUGGAAUAUGCCAUGGUGUAAGUGGGAAUGCCUAUGUAUUCCUUUCACUUUACAGGCUAACAGGCAAUGUUGAGUACCUCUACCGUGCUAAGGCUUUUGCUUGCUUUCUGCUCGAGGAUGCUGAUCGAUUGAUCGCUGAGGAGGCCAUGCAUGGGGGUGAUCACCCAUUUUCAUUGUUUGAAGGGAAGGCUGGGAUGGCAUACUUCCUUCUGGACAUGGUGAACCCAUAUGAAUCGAGGUUUCCAGCCUACGAACUUUGAGAGACAGUAUCUCCCUAUGCAUCCUUUGAGGCCUCAUGACCCAUCAAUCAAAGAAUCUGUGUUAUGUACUUAUGUUUUUAUCUCUGCUGGAAUAUGUACCUCUUGUAGAGUUCAGUGUCCCAGGCCGUGCAAACUUGGACCUUUGUGAAAUAUUUGUAUGAGGAGGUUCUGGUAAUAAUACUCAUCUUUAUGUUGGAUACAACCAGUGUGUGUUUUGUUCUCUGUU